UUUACUUUUAACGGAACCUACCUAUCUUGUGUUCAAAAUAAAAAGUGAAUUAUAUAGCAUUGUAAAGUGUAACCCUAUGGAUUUUUUUGCCUAAUGUGUUGAGUUCCAUUAAAACCAUGAACGGUAAUUCUGAAUCCACAUCUAAUAGCAUCAAAUUUGCGCCGAUGCCUAUGUCGGCGUUACUCGCUAAUUUGAUGCCUUUACAACAAAAUUCGGAUAGUCCUGACUCUAGUUUCACAACAGACGAGAGUGAUGUAUCCUCGAACGAAGUUUCAUUGAAAACUCCUCUUAAAAACAAAACAAUAAUGUCGUCAACUCCACAGUAUAAAACUACAAAAGAUUUUCAAAGUAAUGCAUCCGAAAAGAAAAACAUUAUAAACGACCAUAACAAAGAGAAUGCUAACGAAAACGAUAUUAAGCAAUUACAUAAUUAUCAUUCUAAGGACAGUAUUUUACCUAGUGGUCAGAAAUUGGCUAAAGCGUCUUCCGCUUAUCCAAAUUCAGAAGCAAAAAAACGGAAUGUACUCAUGCAACAUGACUGUAAUGUAAAGGUGCCACAGGUACAAAGUAAACUUAAUUCAGCUCAUAAGAAGACUCCAGAUAUUAAAGUGCCGAAUAGUUGUCAGAAAACGAAAACAGCGACGCCUAAAAUUAAAUCUGGAAUAAGGAAAUUCACACCUGGUUCAUCAAGACACAAUCAAAAGAAAACACCUCAGCAAACCAUAAUUCAGAACAGAGAUAAAGUGCGAUGUGAAUUGUUUAGACAUAAUCAACAGAAGGAUGAACAGCUACCACCACCCCGAGAGCCUGGACCAGUUCCUAUUGUUGUGCCAGUACCAGAAACCCCAAUCAAUAGAAAACCAAUGCCCGCUUCAUAUGCAGCAACACCAUCUUACCCACAGGGCAUAGUGGGGAACAAUUCAAAGAUUUUGUUCAAAACAACAUGCAUUAAAGAUAAAAAAUAUAUGUUCAUUAAAAAAUUGGGUACCGGGGGAUCCAGCGAAGUUUAUAAGGUACUAGAAGUAGGAACGUCCUGUGAGUUUGCAGUGAAGUGUGUGUACCUGGCCACAGACCAUGACCUCGCUCAAGGCUACAUCAAUGAAGUGAGGCUGCUGCGAGAACUACAAAAUUCUGAUCGAGUUAUUCGUCUAUACGACUAUGAAUAUGAUCGUCAGAAUCAAUUCCUACGCAUGGUGCUAGAGGUGGGCGAGACAGAUCUGUCGUCGUUUCUUCGCGCACGUGGUGCUGGUCUGCCUCCCGCGCUUGUGCUACAUUAUUGGGAAGAAAUGCUACACGCUGUUCAUUACAUACAUGAGCAUGGAGUUAUCCAUGCAGAUUUGAAACCAGCAAACUUCUUAUUAGUUUGCGGGCGACUGAAGCUGAUCGACUUCGGCAUAGCGUCAGCAAUAAGUGGUGACGCUACUAGCGUGGUGCGCGCGCAAGCUGCAGGCACCUACUCCUAUAUAAGCCCUGAAGCCCUUAUGGGCGGUGCUGGCGGUUAUGGCGGCAGCGCAAAUAUCAAAAUAUCAUUUCGCUCUGAUGUUUGGUCAUUGGGGUGCAUCUUAUACAGCAUGGUGUAUGGGCGUACGCCAUUUAGUCACAUCCCCAACUUAGCCAAGUUGGCCGCCAUCCUUGAUCCCAACCAUCGGAUUGACUAUCCAGCCGCAGAUCAUCUACCUUCAUCUCUGGUCGCAACAUUAAAAUGGUGUCUAACAUACAACGCUCGUUCGAGGCCGUCGGUGCGGGAGUUGCUCGCUGUAAAGCAUUUGCAGCCGCCACGCGCAUCGUUACCACAACCAUUAUUAGACAAACUAAAGCAAUAUGUGUCUGCUGAUGAGUUCAGACUCUUGCAGCAGGCACAAUUAUAAACUUUAUUAAUGAACAUUAGUGUGAAAGAAGCUAUUCACUUUAAAACAACUGGCAUUUUUAUGGUCCGUUUUAAAAUAAAUUAAUGAUGUACAUAGGUGUUAGAAGCUAGCUUGGUACUAGCAAAGGUGUGUAUAAUAGUCACUGUAUAUUUUUUGUAAAUAUAAAGUAAAUAAUAUUUACUGAUGUCUGCAUCGCGUAGCAUUUCUCUAGUUUCUUUAAUGAAAAUAGUCUUUAAUAACAGUUUUUUUAGCUUAUUUAAAUUUAUAGUCAUAUUAAUAAAUUAUAAUUUUAUGAGUGAGACAUUAACUCAAAAUAAUAAGACUUCUGUAACAUUUAAAUUAGGAACAAGUUCUAGAACUAACUGCAGACAAUGUAGUGUGUAUGUACAUAGAUAAAAUAAGAAUCUUUUAUUUAUUUUGGGGGGAUUAAAUAUGUUUAUUAGAAUUUUUAUGUGAAUACAAAAAAUAAAUAAAAAUGUUAGCGUACCUUGACAAAACACACAGUAAAUAAUGAAAUUUAAGCUUACAAUAUUAUACUUAGCUUGCAAAACUAUGUACCGAAAUGCAAUUAUAACCAUUGAUUAAUAAUAAAUGCUAGACAAUCACUAAAAAGAUGCGAGUUUUUAUUAGAAAACCGUCAAGGGAGCUUCGUAUUCCUCUGCUAUUCAGAGGAAAGGAAUUCAUACCCAUACUGUAACUCAAUACCAGAUGGUAGCACUGUUUCACUACACAGCUGUGUAGACACAGUUAGGAUAUUUAUAUUAAACGAGCGAGACAAGCUUUGUUAUGAAAGCCUCGCGUGUUCUUCAAACCAACAAAAGCGCAACAGCUAACAGAUUCUAAUAAAUUCUGCACA